AUGCUAUCGGCAAUCUGGACAGGGUUCGUAACCCUGUUCUUAUGCAGUUUCGUCCAGGGCGCUCCCGCAGACAAUGUACUCCCUUCAGCAGCCUCAUUCUACGUCCCGUCAAUACCAGGCAUUAUCCCGAAUCCCGAUUACCGACUACAAAUAUACGCCGGACAUCUUCCAGCAGAGUCCAACAAGACGUUGCUAGCGAGUAACGAUGUCACGGCGCACCUAUACUUUGUUAUGGUCAAGAAUAGGCGGGUGGCCGAUAAAGAGCGAGUCGUGUUCUGGUUUAACGGUGGACCUGGUUGCUCGUCGUUUGACGGUUUGAUGAUGGAAGUGGGUCCCUGGCGCUGGGAUGGACAGCCAGAAGGAAAAGAGUCAUUUAUUGUGAAAGAAGGCGGCUGGGAGGAGUAUACCACCAUGGUCUUUGUCGAUCAACCCCCUGGCACUGGGUUCUCCUUCACAUCAACUGACCAGUAUGCUAAAACCAUGAAAGAUGCUCAAUGGCACAUCCUCGAAUUCCUCAGGAACUUUUAUCAAGUAUUCCCAGAAGUCUUGACCAUGGAUACCUACCUGGCCGGUGAAAGUUUCGCAGGACAAUGGAUACCCUACUUUGCCGAUGCUAUUUUGGAAUCUUCCCUACAAAUUCCUCUGCGCGGUAUCGCUAUUGGCAAUGGAUGGAUGGACGCUAGGCGUCAAUACCUCUCUUACCUCGACUACAGCUUGAAGAUGGGUUUGAUAAAGGAUAACUCCGAGGAUUGGAAGGAAGUCAAAGCUGCCCAUGACCGCUGUGAAGCUCAUUUAGAGAAGCUAGAGGGCGACCCCAUACAUAUUCGCGAGUGCGGUAGUAUCAUCAUGAAGGUCAUCAACCAGAAACGGCCAGAUAAUGAAAAGGGCGAAAAGAUGUGUCUGAACAUGUAUGACGUCCGAUUCACAGAUACCAGCCCUGCGUGUGGUUUGAACUGGCCUCCUGAAAUGCACGCUAUUACCCACUUCCUCGGGCGCAAAGACGUCGUUAGAGCUCUGCAUGCUGAAAGACACCCAGGCUCAUGGGUCGAGUGUCGGAGACCCGUUCAUCGCGCGUUCAAAGAUGGGGAGGAAGAGUCUUCCAUUACUGUUCUCCCCCGCGUCUUGUCGAAGAUUCCUGUUUUGAUCUUUGCUGGAGAUCAAGACUUGAUUUGCAACUAUGUUGGGCUGGAGAAUAUGAUCAAGAGUUUGACCUGGAAUGGCGAGACUGGUCUUGGGACGGUCGAAACACAAUCCUGGAGCGUCAACUCGACGGCAACCGGAACGUGGGUUGAAUCUCGAAACUUGACCUACGUCAAAAUUUUCAACGCUUCGCAUAUGGCACCGUUCGACCUUCCCCACGUUACACACGACAUGAUGCUUCGCUUCAUGGGCGUCAACUUCUCCUCUAUCGUAGGAGGCUCCGCCAUGAUCCCCAGCAGCCUUGGUGACGCUGCCAAACCUGUCUUUGUCGGGGGCCACCUACCUCAACCCUCCACGCCUGCUCUCCCCGCUGGUAAAACACCUGAACAAGACAAGGCGAUGUGGGAAGCCUACUAUAACGCUGGAUCCGCUGCCCUCGUUCUCGUGCUGAUCAUGUUGGUGAUCGGUUUGUUCAUUUGGUAUAGGAGGAGGAAGAGUCGGCUGCAGCUGCCUUCGAAUCAGAGCGGAGAGUUGGCCGAGGAGAGUAUACCUCUCAGGUCGGAGAUGGAGGAUAGAGGCGGGAAUGGCGUGUCGAAUGGCGGGGCGUGGAAGGGUAAGGCAAGAGCUUCUGAGCCGGUGUUCGAGGUUGGAGACAGCGACGAAGACGAGCCAUCGCCGUACAGGAAGCCUGACGGUGGUGGCGAUAGGAAUGUAUGAUACUAGAUUCCUGCUUUUGGUUACAUGUAUCUGUUAUUUAUGGGUUAUUGGGACAC